AUGAUCGGCGAAUUGGGUCAGCUUUUGGUCUCAACCAGGUUUUCAAGCAUCUACCGGAAGGGCGAUCGAGCCAUCAAAGUUACAUCAACGGGAUCUGUAGUAAAACCACACGAUCCAACGACCGAACUUGCACUGUUACGUAGACUACAAGAACCAGGAAACCCGUUUAUUAUUGAACUGCUAAGCUUCGACACGAAACAAGGUGAUGUGAUACUGCAGUUCCCUUAUAUCGAACUGAACCUAUAUCAAUACUUGCUAGAACAAUACCAGAAACGAUGCUGGAAUCCGUACCUUCUGGAUGGGGAUAAAAGUACGCAAGGAUCCCAACGCAUCAACAAGCUGCCCCUACAGCAAGCAGUUGGGUUUUUCCAGCAACUGGCCAAAGCUCUCCAGUACAUUCAUUCCAAGGGCAUCAUACACCGCGAUGUGAAACUGCAGAAUGUUUUGGUCGACGUAAACUCUGGAAGUACGGUGCCGCGUUUGGUAAUAAUCGAUUUCGGCAUCGCAUAUCAUCCAGAAGUCUCCGAGGAGACUCCCAAUAACAAAAUCACCGAUGUGUCCACGUCCAUCUACAAGGCUCCGGAGUUGCUAUUCAGCGUCAAGAACUACACCGGCGCUGUGGACGUCUGGGCGUUGCUGGUGGUGGUGUCGCAGUUCUUUCAGACUAGCAGUGCAAGCGAGAAGUUCGUCCCAGCGUUUGUGGACGAUGGAUCUGAAGAACUGGAAGAGGGCAGCGAUAUUCGCUUGAUCUCGUCUAUUUUCCACAGCCUGGGCAUCCCGACGCUGCAACAGUGGCCAGAGGUCCGAGACCACGGUUCUCCCGCAUUUGAAGGUAUGUUUGGAGCGUCUGGCGAUGGUCGCUACCUUGUGAACCAGUCACAGACAGAUCAACGAGAAAAGUGCCUGCACCUGUUUCCGCGACUGCAAGAGGUUUCCGAGCCCUCCAAAACGCACCUGGUAGACUGUUUGUUGCGAAUGAUGCCGUUUGAGUCCUCUAAGAGAACCACAGCCGGCGAAAUUGUGACGCUUCUACAUGAGUGCAACGGGCAGAUCUAG